CUCCGAGGGGCUCGGUGAUCCCGAAUACCCGUAUCUGCAUGGUCGGAGAAUAUACUUCAUCAAUUCAUUCCAAAUCAGGCUAGGACCAGCCGCGUUGGACACCUGGAAGCCUACAUUCUGACCACUCAGCCUGAGGCAGCAAUACGAAGGGCUUCAUUCUGUAAUAGCGGAGAUUUUUCGAAGAGACGUUGUUCUCUGCCUUGCCUUUCUCUUUGAAGUUACAGUCGCAUCCAAAAUUGACAUAUAUCGACGAAGUGUUCUGCAACGUUCUCGUGGCCAUGUCGAAGCCGCAAUCAGCACGAUACAAUGUCGAUCCUUUCCACUUUACCAUCUAAUAUUCUGCCUCUUGUGUUCAAUCAUCUUUCGAGAAAAGAUCACUACUCUCUCACGCAGACAUGCCGAUUCCUGUAUAGAGAAUCCGGGCCUUAUCUAUACCGUAAUAUUACUUUUACAGCAAAGAACUCCUUUUCAUGUGCGGAAAGACUCGUCUUGCUGCUCCGCACUUUGCUAGAACAGCCUCAUCUAGCAUCCCUCAUUAGGACCUAUCGCCUUCUUGGGCCGCAAUUAUGUUGGAACACUUUCGAUCCAUGGCCACCCGCCGACGUGGCAUUUCCAGUCAACCGCUGGGGGUUGGAAGGAUGCAGCGUUCUCUCCAAAACGCAGAUGUUAUUCGCCUCGAGUCAAUUUUCUCAGUUGGUGGACAAGGAAAUGCAUGACUCGCCUGCGCAAUUCAAAGGGCGGAGUAAAGAUGCAUUAGCACUUAUGGUGUUGACGCGCCUAACACAACUGGUCCGGCUGGAGAUUGGAGAGGGCUUCAUGAUCUAUUCAUUGUUCUUACCGCAAAUACUACGGCGCGCACCAGAACUAUUCCCAAGACUAGGGUAUGUCAUUCUUGGUGACAAGAAGAGUGGGCCGGAAGACAAAGUGUCCUAUAUGGACCUCAAUCUGAUUCGACCGAUCUUCUAUACACCAACCAUACAAGCAUUUGAAUUGAGCAUGACGCAGCCUUGGCGUUUCGAUUGGAAACAGCCGACAGCACCACUAUGCGAGAACUUGACAGUACUCGAUCUAUUUCGGUCCAAUAUCCACAGAGAGUUGCUGGCCGAACUUCUCUCCACGGCCCCCCACUUGAAGCGCCUCAGUUACGAGCAUGAUAUUCUAAUCCAGGUCGAUGUGCCCGGUCUUUCCUCGCCUUCGGCGUAUACGAACAUCAAUGGUCUCAACAAAGCUCUUUCGAAAGUCGGGCCAUCCCUUGAACAGCUUCGCCUGACCUUGAAACUUGACCCUGCCUCCACCUCCCUGGAAGAAAUGGAGAAGAAAGGAAUAUCAUUCCCUCCCAUCGAGGGAACCCUUGUCGCCCUUCGGCCAAUGCAGAACUUGAGCACUAUCGACAUACCUAUGAUAAUGAUCUUGGGAUGGGUUUCGGAGUUUGCUGCACGAGUGGAGGAGGUAAUCCCGGCCUGUGUGGUGCACCUCACUCUAUCCGACGACUUUUCCAGUUUCUGUCCCUGGAUAUCUGGAUUCAAUUGCUUCAGGAAGAUCGGGUUGAUAGGAGCGUAUAUUGUGGAGAGGGGGAUUCAUGCUCCGGAGAUUGAGUCGUUCAAGUUACGCAUGACUGAGCCGAGGAAGAAUUUGUGGCUUAACGAUGCUGUUCAGGACUUGAGGGCCCAAGUGACGGGUAGCGGCGCUUCGUACGACCUUCUUAAAGAAGACGGAGUGGAAACUCAUUGUUGGCGUUUUGAUACUUGAUGUGGGAGUAUAGGAAAUGUUGCAUCGUUUAAGGGGGUUUCUUGUUUGCAGAUUUAUUGAUUUAUUUAUUUUUUGAACAC